AUGUCUUGUGUUCAUUACAGGUUUCAGAGUCGACUCACCUACGACUCGCUCCAGUUUGAGGGCCUCAACAUCACUGUGGGAGAGCUGAAGCGGCAGAUCAUGAGGCGCGAGAGGCUGAAGUUCUGCCAGAUGAAGAUCAGCAAAGCCCAAACUGAUGAAGAAUACACAGAUGAUGAUGCUCUCAUCCCCAAAAACACAUCGGUCAUCAUCAGACGGGUCCCUGCGGCUGGACUGAAGUCCUCCAACAGAAGAUUUGUUGGACAUCAAGCUGGACCAUCAGCUAAAUCUUCUCAAACAGGUGAUUCUUCACUCCUCUCACUGGAGCAGCUGUUGAAGACUGAGAAUCUGGCUGAAGCAAAGGCAUCAGAGGAGGACAAGCUAAAAGCGGUGAUGUACCAGUCCAGUCUGUGCUACUACUCCAGCAGGGCAGCAGCUCUGCUUCGCACAAGCGCAUCAGGAGGAGCUCAGGGAUUCCCCGCAGCUUCCUGUUGGAGGUGGACGACCCAAACCGAAAGGGAGUCAUGAUGGACGGCAGCGGCAAAUACGUCAUUCCCAUCAUAGACGCUGAGGCCUAUGCUGCUGAGAAGAAAAAGAGGCCUUCCUUCUGCCAGACCAAGCCGCUGUCCUCC